CGUUAACAGCACCGCUUAGAGUAUGAGCUUCCUUCACGGAACUUCUUUCAUUGAUUCGUUUCUUCAUAGAUUUGAUUUCUUCUACAAACACCGAUCAAAAGAGAGACGAUCCUUAAGAUGGCGACCAUAGACGAGAGUUCUUCAGCUAAGAGAUGGCUUCCACUUGAAGCUAACCCAGAUGUUAUGAAUCAGUUUCUGUGGGGGCUUGGACUUGCCCCAGAUGCAGCUGAGUGUAAUGAUGUGUUUGGUUUAGAUGACGAGCUCCUUGAGAUGGUUCCAAAGCCUGUCCUUGCUGUUCUCUUCCUUUACCCUAUCACCAAAAAGAGUGAAGAAGAGAGAAUUGAGCAAGACAAGGAGAUCAAGGAGAAGGUGCAUAGUGAUAAAGUUUACUUCAUGAAACAAACUGUUGGUAAUGCUUGUGGAACCAUUGGUCUUCUUCAUGCUAUUGGCAACAUUACCUCUGAAAUCAAGCUUUCUGAGGGAUCCUUCUUAGAUAAGUUUUUCAAAACCACCAGCAAUAUGACUCCUAUGGAGCGUGGAAGGUUUCUAGAGAAUGAUAGUCAAAUAGAAGAUGCUCAUUCUGCAGCUGUUACAGCUGGUGAAACGCCGGCUUCUGAUGAAGUGAACACGCAUUUCAUCUGUCUAGCUUGUGUAGAUGGUGAGCUCUAUGAGCUUGAUGGAAGGAAAGCAGGACCAAUUUCACAUGGUGCUUCCUCUCCAGCUACCCUGUUGAAGGAUUCGACGAAAGUGAUAAAGAAGAUUAUCGAGAAGAAUCCGGACACGCUCAACUUCAAUGUUAUGGCCAUCUCUAAGAGAACCUGAGGAUGUUCUUAAGAAGCGAAGCGAAGCUCAUUUCAUUUAGUCUUGCGUUUUUGAGUUUGUGACACAAUGAACCAAACACACAGAUUGUUUAUCUAGGUGGAUUCUGUUUUACUGCUUUCUGAAUCUUCUUUUUCUUGUUUCUGAAACUUUUAAGAGUUUAUGAUCUCAAGGUUUUUUUUUUUUUUAGAACAACCUACGUUGUGAGAAUAACCUACCUUGUGAUCUCAAGGUUCUUAAGAGAAUGAAUUUCUAGCU